AUGGUGUCGCACGACGAUAGCUCAGAUUCAGAGAUUACUGCUCAAGAUUUCAAUCCAACUCCAUUUCAACCAGAUCUUGAAGCACAAUCAAUAAAUUCUUCAGACACCCAACAGUCAGAGAAAAGUACUGAACCUCAAUUGAUUGUAACAAAAACUGAAACUAAGAAAUCGCUUCAAGAUUUAGGUUUAACAUCUUCUAUACCUCACCCAGAAUUAAAUGGUCCAAUUAUUGAAAAUCCUAUAUUCCCGGAAGAAUAUACUUUGGAAACCACUACUGGGUUGGUUCCAGUUGUGACAUUACAAUCUAUAGGAAGAGUGAAGACUGUUCAACAAGAGGAGAAGCUAGAGGGCUUGGAUUCAGAAAUAGAAUUUGUCACAUUUAAAGUAGGCGAUCCUGAGAAUCCACACAAUUGGCCAAUGUGGUUGAAGUGGUGGUACACCUUUCUAAUUUCCAUGUUUGUCAUUUCUGCUGCUUAUGGUUCAUCUUGUUUAUCUGGAGGACUUUCCACUAUUAAUAAUAGAUAUCACGUGCUGACUGAAGUUUCUACUUUAACAGUUUCAUUAAUGGUUAUUGGGUUCUGUGUUGGUCCUUUGCUUUGGGGCCCAAUGUCAGAGGAAUACGGAAGAAGACCCACUUACAUUAUAUCAUUUGGAUUGUAUGUUAUAUUUAACAUCCCUUGUGCAUUAUCUCCAAAUAUCGGAGGUUUAUUGGUUUGUCGUUUCUUAUGUGGUGUUUUCGCAUCAUCUGCUCUUUCAAUUGCUGGUGCAAGUUUGGUAGAUAUGCACAACGAAACCAGAGGUCUUGCCUUAUCAUUUUUCAGUUUCUGUCCUUAUUCCGGUCCUGUCAUUUCAUUAAUUGUUAAUGGAUUUAUUUCAACCGACACAGAAAGAAUGGACUUGAUCAUUUGGGUCAAUAUGGCUUUUGCUGGUGUUAUGUGGAUUUUGGUCAGUUUAAUGCCAGAAACUUAUGCCCCAGCUAUAUUGAAAAGGAGAGCUAGAAAAUUGAGAAAGGAAACAGGAAACGACAAGAUAAUGACUGAACAAGAAGCCACACCAUUGUCUUUAAAAGAGAUGGUAAAUGAAUGUUUAAUUAGACCAUUGAAAUUUGUUGUCACCGAGCCAUUAUUGGAUUUAGUCUGUGCUUUUGUUGCUUUGAUUUAUGCUUACUUGUAUGCAUUUUUCUUUGCCUAUCCAUACAUUUUCAAUAAAUUGUAUGGUUUUGGAGAUGACAAGAUUGGUUUAAUGUUUAUUCCAAUUCUUAUUGGUGCAGGUUUUGCUGUCAUCACAACAUAUGUUUUAGAAGUCGAGUAUUCCAAAUUGGUGAAAAGAAGAAAACCAGAACCAGAAGAUAGAUUAUGGGGUGCCAUGGUUGGAGCUCCAUUCCCUUGUAUUGCAUUAUUCAUUUUAGGUGCCACUUCUUACAAGCAUAUUAUUUGGGUUGGUCCAGCAUCAUCAGGUAUUGCUUUUGGUUACGGUAUGGUUUUGAUUUAUUACUCGUUGAAUAACUACAUUAUUGAUACUUAUGCCAAAUAUGCCGCUUCAGCUUUAGCUACCAAAGUGUUCUUGAGAUCUGCUGGAGGUGCUGCAUUCCCCUUGUUUGUGACUCAAAUGUACGAAGGCUUAGGUUUGCAAUGGGCUAGUUGGUUAUUGGCUUUUGUUGCAUUAGCCAUGGUUUUGAUUCCAUUUACAUUUUACAAAUGGGGUAAGACAGUGAGACUGAAGCUUUGUAAAGAGGAUUAUUCUGCUGCCUUGAUAUAA